CUUAUGUACAAGUUUACCACCAUAGUGGGCCACCCAAUACUUCACAAACUCAAAUCUUGACCGCCACCAUAAUCUUCAGGUCAGGAGAGGGAGAGAGUGUUUAAAAAGAAAACAGCAUAUGAAAAACAACAAAUAGACACUGACGAGAAACCAAGUUUUUGCGUUCAAAAGAAGGCGCCGCCGCGUCAGUUCAUUUCUUCGGUUUCUCUUCAAAGCCGCGGAAAUAAACUAUCCUUGAGUCUCUGAAGGAAUUGCAGAAAUCAAAUAACCGUAAACUCUAAAACCGACAUUCGCUAGAAGCUCAGUUUUGCAUUUCCUUUUUCGCUUGGGAGCUCGGUCUCGAAGAUCGAGUUCCUGAAAGUGAAUCUAUUGCUUUAUUCGUCGAAAUUUCUUUUUGAAUUGAAUUAGUAAGGUUAGUUUAGUUGAUCUAAAAUGGCAACUACCUUGCAUUUUUGUGGUGGCAAAGUUGCUUAUUCAGUUUUGCUAAAGAGACCAUUGCAUUGCCCAGCCUUGUUGUCACAGCAACGCCUUGAUUUUGCGGACUCUGUGGCUAAGAGUUCUGGAUUUUGUGCGAGAGUAAAAUUUUCUUGUACGAGUAAUAGACUUUUGAAAAUUAGUUGUGAGAGACGAACUGUUGAUGUCCUUGAAAGGAAUAAAACUGAGUAUUUUAGCGAUGUUAGUACCGAACCUGAUAAACAAUUAACUUGUGUAAUGAAAUUUGGUGGCUCGUCCGUUGCAUCUGCUGAGAGGAUGAAAGAAGUUGCUGACCUUAUACUUAGCUUCCCAAAUGAGAGACCUGUCAUUGUUCUAUCAGCAAUGGGAAAGACAACUAACAAACUUUUGCUGGCUGGAGAAAGGGCUGUUUCCUGUGGUGUAACUAAUGUAGAGACUAUUGAUGAACUGAGCUUCAUCAAGGAAUUGCACCUAAGGACAGUAGAUGAGCUGGAAGUAGACAAGUCAGUUAUCGAACCUCACCUAGAAGAACUGGAGCAACUUUUGAAGGGAGUUGCUAUGAUGAAAGAGCUGACUCCUCGAACAAGAGACUACUUGGUUUCAUUUGGCGAAUGCAUGUCCACAAGGAUAUUUGCUGCGUAUUUGAAUAAAAUUGGUGCAAAAGCCCGCCAAUACGAUGCCUUCGAUAUUGGUUUUAUCACCACAGAUGACUUCACGAAUGCAGACAUUCUUGAAGCAACUUAUCCAGCAGUUGCAAAGAGGCUAUAUGGGGAUUGGAUCAGUGAUCCAGCAAUUCCAAUUGUUACUGGUUUCCUUGGGAAGGGCUGGAGAUCUUGUGCCAUUACUACAUUGGGCAGGGGUGGUAGUGAUUUGACAGCCACAACAAUUGGAAAAGCAUUGAGUUUGCGAGAGAUUCAGGUGUGGAAAGAUGUUGACGGUGUUUUAACAUGUGAUCCUAAUAUAUAUCCAGCUGCGGAACCUGUGCCAUACUUGACAUUUGAUGAGGCAGCUGAACUUGCAUAUUUUGGAGCACAGGUCCUGCAUCCACAAUCCAUGAGACCUGCUAGGGAAGGUGAUAUUCCUGUUAGGGUUAAGAAUUCUUACAACCCAAAUGCUCCAGGAACUCUCAUAACGAGAGCAAGAGAUAUGAGAAAGGCAGUACUAACUAGCAUUGUUCUGAAACGGAAUGUGACUAUGUUGGAUAUUGUUAGCACUCGUAUGCUUGGUCAAUUUGGCUUUCUUGCCAAGGUAUUCUCAAUCUUUGAAGAUCUGGGCAUAUCGGUUGAUGUUGUAGCAACUAGUGAAGUUAGUAUUUCCUUGACACUGGAUCCAUCAAAAGUUUGGAGCAGGGAACUCAUUCAGCAGGCAAGCGAACUCGACCAUGUUGUGGAAGAGCUAGAGAAGAUUGCUGUAGUCAAUCUCCUUCAGCAUAGAUCAAUUAUUUCUCUUAUUGGGAAUGUUCAGAGGUCAUCAUUGAUAUUGGAGAAGGUAUUCAAUGUUCUUCGAACCAAUGGUGUCAAUGUUCAGAUGAUAUCGCAAGGUGCAUCUAAGGUUAAUAUCUCAUUAAUUGUGAAUGACGACGAAGCAGAGCAGUGUGUCAGAUCACUCCACAAAACAUUCUUUGAAACAGACAUUUCUGAAUUGGAUUAAGUAUGUCUGACUAUAAUUAUGCCUCAACUUUAUCAAAUGAUAAAGUGCUUGUUUUUCGAGCAAUUUUUUCAAGUUUAAGGAAUUCUCUCCCUCUUCCCAGAUUAAUGUAGCAUUUAGCAAAAGUCAUUGUAUUUCGAGUAAUUUGAAAUUUUGGUUGUGAAUUGUGAUGUUUUAAGCUGAAACCGAUGAUUAAAUGUUAAAGUUGUGUUGUAACAGUAGUGAUACCUUUCUGGUUUUGCCUUUAAGAUCCAUCUGUUUAAAAUUUUGUAAACAUUGAGCACUCGAAUGGAUAGUCAAACAAAUGCUUGAAAGAAUGCGCUUGAAGGCUA